UGUACAGUACCUCUCAAGAGAUCAGAACUGAACCUUGCAGAAAGUAAAGUGCGUGCAGCCGUCUAGAUGAGCCUCAAAGUCCCGCAUCGUCCCCUUGGUUCGCAAGGCCUCGUUUGCUCCGCCCAAGGCUUGGGUUGCAUGGGUAUGACUGCAUUCUACGGCAACUUUGACCGUGCCGCCCAAGAAGCCGAGUCCCUUCGCACUAUCGCCAAGGCACUCGAGGUCGGCAUUAAUUUGCUCGACACUGCGUGGAUCUACCAGUCCUUUGGCGCUGGCGGCGGAGGCAACUUCACCAACGAAGAGCUGAUUGGAAAAGCCAUCAAGCAACACGGCCGGGACAAGUUUGUGAUUGCUACGAAGUUUGGACUUAUCCCAGCCACGAAUGGCCUUGCCGUUUCCGGGGCGGAAAGCACGAUCCGAUCGCAGCUGGCUGAGUCCCUCGACCGUCUCGGAACCGACUACAUCGACUUGUACUAUAUGCAUCGCAUGGACCCCACCAUUCCCAUCGAAGACACAAUGACCGUGCUCAAAUCUCUGGUUGAGGAAGGCAAGAUCAAGUACGUCGGGUUGAGCGAAUGCACCCCGAGCGAACUCCGUCGCGCGCACGCUGUACACCCCAUCACGGCCAUCCAAAUGGAGUGGUCGCUCCAAUCGCGCGACUUGGAAGCCGAAGUCGUCCCGGCCGCCCGCGAACUGGGCGUUGGCAUUGUGCCGUACUCGCCGCUCUGCCGUGGCUUUCUCGCCGCCAUCGAUGCUUUUGACCAGCUUGAAGACAACGACCGCCGCCGGACGCUGCCUCGUUUCAACAACGAUACACUGGCGCAAAGUCAAGCGAAAGUUGCCCGCUUUUUCGACAUCGCCAAGGCCAAACACGUCACGCCCGCCCAGUUGGCCCUCGCGUGGGUCCAUGCCCAGGGCGACGAUGUGUUUCCCAUACCUGGUACCAAAUCGUCGACUCGAAUGGUUGAAAAUGCCGCGGCCGUGGCUCUGUCCACUCAAUUGACCAAAGGCGACCUGGCAGAAGUGGCCGCGGCCGCCGAAGCCAUCAAUGAAGAUCGCCAUUUCCCGUCGAGUACCUCGAGCUCAUUCAAUUCGCGAAUGGCGAAGUCGUAAUUUUUCGUCAAUGUUAGCCCGUGUUGUCGCA